AAGCAUUGGCGUACCAACGACGUUUGCAUUUCAUGGGAAUAAACUACCAUGCGCUCUGGUUUCCGCCCGGACACUCAUAAAGGGAAAAUAUUUUCAUCGUGGUGGAGUUAGUUGUAGCACGGACUAACCACGUUUCUUUGCGUAAAUUAAUUUGGAAGACACGACGAACCUUUUAUUUCGUAAAAUUUAAGGCCCUGUGGGGAUAAUGGAUGAAAGGAUGGAAAGACAUUUCCCUCGAGCUCAAGUUUCCACCCGGCGUCAUGGAGAACGCGACAGACGGGACGUGGGAUAGUUUAGCCGGCAAACUAAACGACAAGAUCUUAGAAACGCUUCGGGAACUCAAUUUUACGCACAUGACGCCCGUGCAAGCUGCCUGUAUCCCACUUUUUAUGAGCAACAAGGAUGUGGCUGCUGAGGCAGUGACCGGGAGUGGGAAGACGUUAGCGUUUGUCAUUCCCGUCCUGGAAGUUCUGCUCAGGAGAGAAGAGAAGCUCAAGAAGAUGCAGGUGGGCGCGCUGGUGGUCACGCCCACGCGCGAGCUGGCCGUGCAGAUCAGCGAAGUGAUUGGACACUUCCUCCAGAAGUUUCCGCAGUUCACGCAGAUGUUGAUGAUCGGCGGCAACAACCCGAUGGAGGACGUCGAGAAGUUCAAGGAAAACGGGGCGAACAUCGUGGUAGCCACGCCCGGCCGCCUGGAGGACAUGUUCCGCAGGAAGGGCGACGGCGCGGACCUGGCCGCCUCGGUCAAGAGUCUGGACGUGCUCGUCUUGGACGAGGCCGACAGACUUCUGGACUUGGGCUUCGAGAACAGCCUGAACGCCAUCCUGAGCUUCCUGCCCAAGCAGCGGCGCACCGGCUUGUUCUCGGCCACGCAGACGCAGGAACUGGACAAGCUGGUCCGAGCCGGACUGCGGAACCCGGUCCGCGUGGUGGUCAAGGAGAAGGGCGUGGCGGACGGCGCCGCGCGGAGGACGCCGUCGGCGCUCAGCAACUACUACACGGUUUGCCGCGCCGACCGCAAGUUCAACGAGCUGGUGGCGUUUCUACGGCAACACAAGCAUCAGAAGCAGCUGGUGUUCUUCAGCACGUGCGCCUGCGUGGAGUACUUCGGCCGCGCUCUGGAGACGCUGGUGAGGAAGGUCCCCGUCCACUGCAUCCACGGCAAGAUGAAACACAAGCGCAACAAAAUCUUCUCCGACUUCCGAGCCGCCAAAAGCGGCAUCCUGGCGUGCACGGACGUGAUGGCGCGCGGCAUCGACAUCCCCGACGUCAACUGGGUGCUGCAGUACGACCCCCCCAGCAGCGCCAGCGCCUUCGUGCACCGCUGCGGUCGCACGGCGCGCAUCGGUAACCGCGGCAACGCCUUGGUCUUCCUGCUGCCCAUGGAGGAGUCCUACGUCAACUUCCUGUCCAUCAACCAGAAGUGUCCUUUGCAGAAAAUGGCGGCGGUGAGCGACGUGGUGGACGUGUUGCCCAAAGUGAAGGCGCUGGCGCAGGCGGACCGCGCCAUGUUCGACAAGGGCAUGAAGGCUUUCGUGUCGUACGUGCAGGCCUACGCCAAGCACGAGUGCAGCCUCAUCUUCAGGGUCAAAGAUUUGGAUUUCGCGUCGGUGGCCCGCGGCUUUGCGCUCCUCCGGCUGCCCAAAAUGCCGGAACUGCGCGGGAAAAGUUUCCCCGACUUCGUGCCGGCGCCGCUGGACACGGACAACAUCCGCUACAAGGACAAACAGCGCCAGAAACUGCGGAAGAAAACGCUGGCCGAGCUGGAACUGCGGCGGCGGGAGGACGACGGCGGCGGCGGCGACGCCCGGCCGGCCAAGAAAGCCGUCCGGAACCGGGCCUGGUCCAAACAGAAGGCCAAGAAGGACCGACGCAGGAAGAACGCCAGCAAGAGGAAACACGAGCAGUCCUCCGACGUCGACGACGAAGACGCGGACGAGCUGCUGAAGGACACUCGUCUGCUCAAGAAACUCAAAAAGGGGCAAAUCUGCGAGGAGGACUUUGAGCGGCAGAUCACCGGGGGGGGGGGGCGGAGCAACACAGACGUUCACAAAUAAAGCUUGAUGAGCUCGUCGCUGACGGCGGACGGCGUGAGGACGCCGAGGUCGGUGAAGAGCAGCGUGAUGAGCGAGGGCGGCGUGUAGUCCACCAGGGGGUGCUCGUCGGACAGGCUGGACUGGGCCUUCAGCGUCGACGCCUUGUACUGAAAACACGCACCAAGAGAAAUAUUAAAUACAUCUUUCACACUUUCCUGGGCAAAAUAAACAUGCACCGUAUUUUUACA